GUGUUCUCAUCGAGCCAUGCUGUAUGUAAACAGUGUGAGGCCCUGGCUGGGAUGUUUCAGAGUAACUGUAGCAUACAGUGAAACUUAGAUGGGUAUUUUUAGUCUUAUUAACAUACAACGCUGUAUCUUAUGGAAACUGUUGAAUGCCAUGUGUUUCUAUAUGCUUGUUCAUAGAACUUGUGUUCAAUUUUGUUAGCCCUGUGGACUUCUAAAUUCUCCUUUAGAGAAACUGAUGGGGGAAGAGGAGGGAACACUGAAGAUGUAGUGUAAUACUUCUGAAGAGGGUUACAUGGUGCUGUUAUAUACCAUGAAAGAACUGGACUGUGGCCUGAGAGGUGCCUCUCAAUCCGCAAGAACUGUUUUGGGUCUCAGGACUGUUUUUUUGCUCAGUGUUAAGCACUGUGACGCUGCAUGUCCAGAAAUUCUUGCAAUAUUAGUGAAUUUCCAGAUGUUGAUGUUUACUAGAAACUUCAUUUUUAUAAUGGUUUUAAGGGCUUUUCAUGCAUAUUUACUGGAGGUCAGUCUUUGUUCGGAUAGGCCUUUCUCCCUCUUGUAGUGGAAGGCCGUCUGUCCUUGUGGGAAGGACUGCACGACAGACCUGUUGUAGCCUGGCAGUGCGUCUCAUGAGUACCAAACUCACAGCAAAUGCCCAGGUUGCGUAGAGGGGCCAUGACCAACCAGCCACCCUCCUGGGAACAUUAGACUUUACUACUUGUCCUGAAAACGAUGGACUUUGCUAGCUGUCCAGUGCUUGUAUAGUAAGUCUUGUGCUUCUGUGAGAGCUGCACAACUGGAUUGUGCGUGGGCCAUGAGGGAUUGUGAGAAAGAUAAUAGCAGAAAGUGGGCUGCUGGCUUAUAUAACCGUGCUCUGAAGCCUUCUCUGUCGGUGCGCCCAAAUCCUGCCUGGCGUCUGCUCUGGGGGUGGGGUGCAAGCUGAAUUGGGUGUCCUAGUGGGCUGCAUGCAGGUGGAGCGUUGCCGUUCUAAAAUAUGCUGUUUUGCUGCUCCCUGAAAUGUGAUUUUUUUUUUUAAUCUCAUUUCUUCUUGUGGUGGACCUUCUAAUGGCAUAUGGCAAUAGUGUUUGCUUCCUUUAUGUUCCUGUGUUAUCCAGAGUAAUGGCUCUUCUGACAGGGGCAAUUUUACUUCUUUUUAAGAAGUAUGUAUCCAUGUAAAGUCAUCUGAAAAUCGAAAAGAAUGGCCAGCUGUAAAAAUAGCCUUGAAUAAAGAGGGGUGACCUAUUGUUCUUGGCGUUCCCAACUCCAAAGCAGCUCACAAGCACGUACACCAGAAGACAGUAAUACAGCUUGGAUAUGGCUCGUGGACAGCAGAAGAUUCAGUCGCAGCAGAAAAAUGCCAAAAAGCAAGCUGAGCAAAAAAAGAAACAAGGACAUGAUCAGAAGGCUGCAGCCAAGGCUGCCUUGAUAUAUACCUGCACCGUCUGUAGGACACAAAUGCCGGAUCCCAAGACCUUCAAACAGCACUUUGAAAGCAAGCAUCCUAAGACUCCACUUCCUCCAGAAUUGGCUGAUGUUCAGGCGUAAAGUUGUCUACAGGUGAAAUCAUGGCACCUAUUGACUCUUCUACUGUCAGACCUUACAUAACAAACCUGCAGCUGCUUUUCUAAAACUGUUGAUCAGCAAAAAUGAAGGGGCUACAGAAACAUUCAUAUUUUUAUGCUGUUCCCUCUUGGGCUUCAUGCAAAGACAAUUCUGUGUAAAUGUACAGUUGUGCCCUAUUUGGAAAUCCUGAAAAAUCAGUCCAUACUUGUUAUAAAAAAUUUUUUACAAUUGUAAUUAUAUUGAUGUUCAUAUUGUGUAAAAUAACUCAUUUAAUAAAGUAGUACUUUGAUUUUACAAUAUCACAGAUUAAAUCCUUGUAGAAGUUCUGUUUCAACUUUCUGCAUUAUCUGCCUUAUAAAAAAGACAAAGUGGAAUUUUCCCCAUCCUGCCAAAACAUGAGCAGUAUCAUUCCACUGAAAGUAAUGUACAUUACAGUAAAUUAAUCUUAAGUGAAAAGGGAAGCUGCUCAGAUUUACUGUUCAGUGUGCUGCCCGCUUGAGCCCAGUCACUAGUGGUCAGGUUGUUGGCUCAGGGUGCAGCAGACUUCCUAGAAGCUGCAUGAGAAUCGUGAGACUUCCUUCUACAUUUUUGUCCUACGUAUUGGAGUCUAAUACUGCAAGCCAUUUCAAAUGGGAUUUCUUUACUGUGAGGAAUCAUGUUCCUUGAAGUCAUGCACUGGAGAGACCCUGGUUAUGCUUGUUGUCCUUUAUAUUCAGUAGAUGACUGAGGAAGCUGAGAGGUGGCAGGAUUGAAUGCCUUCGGGUAUGCUGGCUUCAAAAAUGCUCGCAAAUAUUAGGUUAAAGCAACUCUGCUCUUAGUUGAAAAAUUGUUUUGAAAAGAUUUAUAAUGAUAUUUUGAGCAGUCAACCACGCAUGUUCCUCCUCAAAUGUGUCUGGUUAUUUCAGUAGCAUAUUUCAAGAAAUAUGCAAAAUAGCUAGCCAUUAAUAACCUUUCUUCACAACCAGCUUAAAAUAAGCCUGUUGGAAAAGAGCCAAAGUAACUAAAAUAAUAUGGCUACUUUAAGAAAUCAGAUGUGAUUAAAGUUGCGUUGAUAACAAAAAGCUGGAUAAUAACACUCUGGCCAAGAACAUUUGAGCAGCUAAACAUAAUUACCCUUAAAGCGUUCUGGGCUCAGUUCUAAUCCCAGAUGUACAGCACAGAAGUAGCAGGUAAACAUCUGAAUUGUGCUAGAAGGUCUGCUAUACAAACUCCAAUCUUUGGCAUUUGGAGGGGGCUUAUUUAAGAGCUUUAGUUUUGACCUCGCAGUAAGAAGCAAUACUAGAAUUGCUGUGAUUUACUGAGGUUACAAUGGAUGUAAAAAUUCUGGCAGUCCAAGUAACCCUUGCUAUGCAGCAGGACUGUACCUCUGACCUUCAAAUGGCUUCCUAAAAUCUAGGACCAUAGUCUCAAAGACUCAUUCACUUAAAAGAAUGCACUUGGUAUUUUAUUAUAUAAAGUCAAAGCCUUUGUCUUCGUCCACUCGUUUGCUCUUUAUUGAACUACUUCUGUGAGACUAGCUUCCUGUCCUCUUUGCUGUGACAGUAUCUCUGUAAAUACUUACUUUGGCAUAAAGUUUCUCUGUAUUAUAGUCACUUCAGGAUAACCUGUAUACCACUUAACUUUUAUAGAUAAUGUUGUUCUCUGAGAGUGAUCCACUACUGCACUUGUACACCUGACAUCAGAAUGUAAUGCUUCAUUUAUUUUUCUUUAAUGUUAUCGAUACAUACAUCCUGACAAACUGGCUCCCACAAGGCAAGAAAUCUGCUCUCGACUUUUGUGCUGUAUGGGGGGGAGGUGCUUAAAUGUUCUGAUGCUGUAGUUUGUCUAAAAAUACGCUGAGUGCAAAUGGAUAAAGAUGUUUCUUGCACUGAUUGGUAUUUGGUAAUCUGGUUUUACUUUGGAAAAUGUUCUGGGAUGUAUCCCUAUAGCUUGGUCCUGAGGUGAAGUAUAUGUUCUAUUCCUUCAAUUCAGAUUGUGUAGCAUUAAAUAAAAAGAUUUUGUUUCAUAAA